AUGGUGACCGGCUGGAAAGAAGUCUUUGAGAGAAACCGGCUAGUCCCUGCCUCCAGCCAGACUGUUCGUUUUGCUGAAGAAAACCACUUCAACCAGUCUCAAGGUUUCCAGCUCAGCCUCUGCCGCCUCACUGCUGCUCACCUCCCGCAGGAGGUCUCAGUGGGCCAACAGGAUGUGACUUACCAGCUGCGAGUCACACUGUUUGAUAGAAUGCACCAGCACUUCAUUGGGAAAACAUGGAGGAGUUCUGCCCAAAAGAUGAAAAAUAACAAGAUCGCCUUCAAUGAGGUUGCGAGGAUUGGACAUUUACCACCUGGAGAGUCGCUGGCUGCCUCGCUCACAGUCACUGUGCUGUACUUCCACACGUCUUUGCUGUUGCCCAGCACGCUGCUGGUUCUGGAGCUGGUGUCAUUGUUGCCAAAACCAGACGGCUCCCAUCAGGCUCUAGGGAGGGGCUUCACUGUCCUGGAGCUUUUUGCCAACAGGCCAGAGAGUCCAAUGUCUGAUGGGGACAGAAGGUUGAAUCUAUGCCAUGGAUCACCGAGAGGCCUGCUCCAUCCCCUGCUGAAGGACACUGACAGCAGUCUCUUGAAGGUUAUUGAUGGGGCCCAUUUGGACUGUGUGGUGAAAAGACAUCCUUCAUUGCUGUCUGUGAUGCAUCUUCUUCCUGAGAAUAUCCUUGUAUCCGGUCUUGACGACAUUCCUGGACUCGCAGCAUCUCCAACAGAUUGCGGAGAUGCUCUGCUGAGGCCUCAGCUGCUGAAGAUCAUGCCCUACAGCCUGACCAGACUGACCGUCUCCCUCCAGCCUUCUCUGGAAACGUUUGAGAGCCUCCUGCUGCAGCUGAUCAACGCCGACUGCCAUAACACAAAGCAGCCAGGAUCAGAGGAGACACAGAAAACGGUUGUCAUCCAGGAGAGGAGGCUCCAUGCCGGCGUGCACAACGGCUGGUGUUUCCUUGACAAGCCCCAAGUGGUGGUGCUGGAGCCCCUUGCUUUAGGGGUCAGAGGACGAGCAGACAGCACCUCCAGGAAGAGCACGCUCGUCAAGGACAGCUCGGCAACAUCAUCCUUCUCUCAGAUGCUGGGCCUUCGCAGCAGCCUGGAGCUCAGGCUGGUUAAUCAUCCAACUUUGGCAAUCGUCUUUCAGCUGGAGUACGUCUUCUCUGCUCCAGUAGGCCGAGAGACUAUGAAGUGCAUCAAUCUCGCCCUGCGAAAGGCCCAGACAGAGUCUUACCCUGUCAGUGUCUGCCAGCAGUGCCAUCCCACUCCAUAUGGAUGCUGCACCCUGGCAAACAAAGAGACACUGCUGUCUGCUACCGCCACAUCCAGAGCUGCCUUCUUGCAGUGCCUUCGUUGGGGGAUUUGGUGCCCCUUCCAGGAGCCAGCUGACUGGAAAGGCAAAGAGAUACAGCUUGUUCUGCAAGGAGGUGCGAAUCCAAAUCCUCAUGGAGUCAUGGUCUACAGCACAGAGGUGUCUGCCCAAACUCAGAGCCCUUCCCCGGUCCCUGCAGGCACAGCUCAGCCUGGAGAAGAAAGCGUCCAGCCCAAAGGCGUCACUGAGGGCCAAGCAGGAGGACGUGUCACGUCACACCAGAUCCCCAUCAGCAUCUGCACGGGGUCAAAAACAGAUUCCACACGCCUCCCCCCCGGAUUCUCCCCGAGGACCUGGGGGCGCGGUGUCUUUGCGUCGGUGGACUUAAGAACAGAUCUGUGGCGGGCAUGGCUCAGCCAGGACUCGCUGAAGGUUCUGUCAGGAAACAUCAGCAUGACUUAUGACGGGCUGCACUCUGCUCAUUCUGAUUCACACGUCUUCAGUCAGAAGGGAGCAGACAAACAGUUUCAAACUCGACUGCGGAUGGAUGACAACUUUAAAAGCUUGUGGGUGGGGAAGCGGCUCUCACUGUCUCAGCUGGCAGCUACUUCACGCUACCCGACCAUCAGCCACUCCAGCUCGGCGUUGCCCUGGCAACAGUCAUUUCCUUCUCUGCUCCAUCCUUCCCCGUUGGCAUCGGCCCACCAGCUGUCACAUGUCGCCUGCUCAGCUGUUACAAGCAUUGCCCAUCUGGAGAUGGAUCUUCAGCGGGGAAAUGAUGAACCACCUUCGAUGCAAGAGGAAGGAGACCAGCUUCAGGAGCUGCCCUUCACCCCGGUCCAUGCCCCUGUCAUUACUUUAAGGAUAAAUGCGCCCAGGAGUUCGCUGGCCCACCUCUUCUCUGCUGGCUUCCCUGAAAUCGUGGACUGCAGGGGGCAGGUGGCAGAGAUCCUGGACCCCAUCGAACCUCUGCCCUUUGAUCUUCAGCGGGAAGAGGCUGACCUUUUACAGGGAAACCUGCUGGUGUUCCAGUUUCUGGCUUUUUCUAGAGUACCAUCAGCGGCUGUCGGUCUUGAUUGGCCCAGUAACAUCUACAUCACCUUCCAGUUCUAUCGCUUUCCACCAGUCAAAUCACAGCAACUCAAACUGCUCACCAGUGACAAGGUUCAGCAUCAAGCUGGAGUGAUACUCCCCUGUGUCCUGACCCCCACCAACAAAGACGGCACUCCUAGUACCGGAGUUGUUGAUCCCCAGCAGGAUUUCCAGCCCAGCAGUGCUGCCCUCUCCAUACCGUGCACAACAUUCAGGUUACGGUGGAGCCUGCUGGGUGCUGCUCCCCGUCCACAGGGACGGCUGCGCACACACAGCCCUUUCCAGCGCUGGGGCCAGAUCUAUCAGCUCUUCCUUGCUUGUGAGCACAAACACACACAGCACAUGCUGUCUCACUCUUCCGCUCUCCCUCUGCGCCGUCAUCGCAACCCGUCCGUGGCACACAGGCCCAGAGCAUGCUGGGAGAAUUAA